AUGCAGUCACAAGUAACAAAACAACUAUUAUCUGUUUAUCGUGGACAAUUUUUAGCCGUAGAUGAAUUAGAUAAAUUACGGAAUAAUAUAGGCGGACUCAUUUCUGUGAAUACAUUUUUUUCCACAACAACAGAUUGUUCAGUGGCUAUUGAUUUUGCGGGCAGAGGCAAUGGCCGUCCGGUUUUCGAAUCAGUUUUUUUUGAAAUUGAAAUAGAUUUAAAUCUCAAAGGAAAACCAUUUGCAAGAACUGGAAAUUUGAGUUUUAUGAAUGAUGAAAAUGAAAUAUUAUUUUGUAUGGGCACAGUAUUUCGUAUUAAAUCUGUGGAAAGAUUUGACGAGAAUAUAUGGUAUGUAACAUUAUUUUUGAACACUGAAACUGAUAGUGAACUAGACAGAUUGAUCAACUACUACAAGAAAGAGAUUGGUGAAUCGACUGAUCUGAUAACAUUAGGAGUUUGCUUAAUGCAUAUGGGCGAUUACGAAAAAGCAAGUCGAUAUUUUCAUUAUAUACUUGCUGAACUUCCACCUAAUCAUGAAGAUAUUCCUAGCGUCUAUAGUAAUAUUGGGCUAAUGUAUAAAGAAACGGGUUAUUACAGAGAAGCAUUGCGACAAUACGAGAAAGCGCUUGAGAUUGAACAGAAUACGUUGAUAUCAUUACAUCCAGAUUUAGCGCUGACUUAUAAUAACAUUGGCUCCCUUUACGAUGCUAUGGGCGAUUACGAAAAAGCGUUAGAAAACUGUAAUAAAGGACUGUAUAUACAACUUAGAGAGAAAUUUAGUGAUGGUUUAGUCUUAGCUACAAUCUAUGAAAACAUCGGAGCGAUUCACGAUAGCAAUGGAAAUUACUCAGAAGCCUUAGUAAAUUACAAUGAAUGUUUGGAGCUACGGCUAAAAGCUCUUCCGUCCAAUCAUCCUGAAUUUUCUAACACUUAUGAAAAUAUCGGCGUUACCUUAAGCAAUCUGAAAAAGUAUGACGAACCUUUGAUGAAUUUCCAGAAAGCAUUGGAUAUUAAAUUAAUGUAUCUACCACCCGAUCAUCCUUCAUUUGUAGGCGUGUACAAUAAUAUUGCAGCAACUCACGCGGAUAAUGGUCAUUAUAUAACUGCUCUGAUGUAUUAUAAUAAAGCCCUCGAGGUUCAACUUAAGUGUAUGCAACCGAACCAUCCAGUACUUGCCACUCUAUAUUCAAAUAUAGGGCUUGUAUACAGUAAUUUAGGUGAUAACCCAGAAGCUCUCAAAAAUUACAAUAGAUCCUUAGAAAUUAAGAAAGUUUCGCUGUCUGAAAAUCAUCCGUCGCUUGUCAACAUUUAUUUGAAUCUAGCAUCAGUUCAUUCGCACAACGGCGACACUGGAGCGGCUCAGGAAUUAUACACCAAAGCACUCCAUAUACAACUGCAAGCUUUACCCGAUAAUCACCAGUCUCUGGCGAUAGUUUAUAAUAACAUGGGAGUGCUAUACAGUCGUAGUGGCAAAUAUAAAGAUGCUCUAGAUGCAUAUAAUAAAACACUCGAAAUUUAUUUGAAAACAUUACCACCGAAUCAUGUCACUCUAGCCUGUUUAUACAAUAACAUCGGAUUGUUACAUAUGGAUACGGAUAAUUAUGAGAAAGCGCGAGAAUAUUUAUACAAAACACUCGAGAUUAAACUAACCUCUAUGCCGAUCGAUCAUCCGUCAUUCGCAAUCACGCACAAUAAUCUCGCUGCUGUCCAGCACUCAUUGGGGAAUUAUGCAGAAUCGUUCCUACAUUACAAUAAAGCACUUAAAAUACAAUCAGAAAGUUUGCCGCCAGCUCAUUUAAAGUUGGCAACUACGUAUAAUAACUUGGCUUCAUUAUUCAGCGAUACAGGAAGCCUCACUGAAGCGAUGGAAAAUUACAACAAGGCAUUAAAAAUGAGAAUAAUGUCUCUACCUCCAAAUCAUCUGCUAAUUGCUUCGACCUACCGUAACAUCGGUACGGUAUUUGAUGAAAUGAUGAAAUAUGACGAAGCUAUUGAGAUGUACGGGAAAGCAUUAGAAAUUCAGGAAAAAAACCUAUCAACUCCGCAGACUGAUCUUGCAAUAUCUUAUAACAACAUUGGUCUAUCUUACGUAGGAAAAAAAGAUUAUGCGGAAGCACUCGAAUAUUUCAACAAAUCAAUCGAUAUCAAUGGGCCUGAAACAGAUCGAAAUCUUUUAGCGAAAACGUUGCAUAACAUAGGUUCUGUGUAUACUAAGCAAGAAAAGUUCACUGCAGCCUUAGCAAGUUUUCACAAAGCACUCGAAAUAAAACAAGAAAUUCUACCAGCAAGUCACACAUCAAUUGCUGGAACGUAUAAUGCUAUCGGCUUGGUUUUUUUUGACCAAGCCGAAUACAAAGAAGCAUUGAAAAAUUUUCAAAUAGCAUUUGAAAUAGAAUCAAAAACACUGUCGCCUGAUGAGCACUGGCUGGAAAUGUUAGAAAUACAAAUAUCAGUGACUCAAGACCACAUCAAUAACAAAAAGUCUUCGUCUUCACAGAAAGAAACCAUGAGUAAUUUACCAGCAGACGAUAACGAGCAGACGUCGUGUGAAGAUUUAGUCUGA